UCAAGCUCAGGGUGGAGAGAACAGCCUCACGCCCUUAUUUGGUGCUUGAGAGGGUCACAUGACCACAAAAUGGUGGAGGCUCUCGGCAGUGGGUAAGCCAAGCAUCCCUGACGCUGAGAGAUACAGGCACACAUCCAUGAUCUGAAACCCAGGGCAGGAGAUAGAACUGUGCCUCAGCCGUGGUGGUGAGUGCAUUUUCCCCUUCUGGCGAUGUGGGGAUGGACCAGACUCAUGAACGAAAGAUGAGCUUUGAAGGUGCAGAGAGUAGACCAGCUCCACCCACCUCCUUGCCCCUACAGGGCCAAGGGGGUGUGGCCUCUCAGAGGAAGAAGCUGUCCGCUCCUCGUAUUAGUCUAUCAUUGGACCAAAGUGAGGAUGACCUGUUUGACACACCAGAUGACCUUGACAUUAAUGUGGAUGAUCUAGACACACCUGAUGAAGCGGAUUAUACUGACCAUGAAAUAGACUGGGAAGAGCCUCAAGCAUCCCAGAGAGAUUCUGUAAAAGAAACAGUUGAGCCCAUUCCCACAUACAGUGCUGAAGAAGAGCGGCAGGAUUCCAAACUCUGGAGAACUGUCAUCAUUGGAGAGCAAGAGCACCGCAUCAACAUGAAGAGCAUUGAACCUUACCAAAAAGUCAUAUCCCAUGGAGGCUACUAUGGCAAUGGUGCAAAUGCCAUCAUUGUGUUUGCAGCAUGCUUCCUCCCUGACAGUGACAGAGAGGACUAUCACGAGAUCAUGGAAAACCUCUUUCUGUAUGUGAUCAGUACACUAGAGCUCAUGGUAGCAGAGGACUACAUGAUCAUCUAUCUGAAUGGAGCCACUCCACACCGGAGGAUGCCUGGCCUCAACUGGCUCAAGAGAUGCUACCAGAUGAUUGACAGGAGGCUUAGAAAGAACUUGAAAUCGUUCAUUAUUGUUCACCCAUCAUGGUUCAUUAGGACAAUUCUAGCCAUCACAAAACCAUUUAUCAGCUCAAAGUUCAGCAGUAAGAUAAAGUAUGUGAACAGCUUAGCUGAACUGGAGGAGCUCAUCCCAAUGGAAUACAUCCACAUACCCGAGUGCAUCAUCAGACUGGAUGAGGAGUUACGGGAAGCAGCAGAGAGCUCUAAAAUCAACAGCUUUCUCCAAGGAAGUGAGAUUCCACAAGAAUCUAUAGCUCAACCCAAUGCAAGCAGUUCAUAAGAGCCGUUGGCUGUGGGUGCAAGAACAAUAUGUCUUUAAAGGUUUUGAGUAUUUCAAAUUGUAAUGAUUGCACACUGAUGUGAAUGCAAUAAUUAAUUAUAAUAAGAGAAAAGGGUAUUUUUGUUAUCUCACAGUGCUGGGAUGAUUAAAACAGCACCACAAACAAAUCACCUCAAAUAUAGUAAUUCUUCUCACAUUUGAAUUUGCACCACAGAACAGUAGCUUAAACCAGUUCAAUGCUUGAAACAUUCUUCAUCUCUUAUCGUCUUGCAAAAGUUUCUCUUGUUACUUGAAUUAUGCAUGAGAGGCAUUUUAGCAAUAAUAUUAUGUUGUACUUUCCCCCUUUAGGCUCAUAAUUUUCACAGUCAGGUAUUUUUCUAAUUGGAGCAUGUAUAAAGGGAAAAAUAGGCAAAGAAUCCUUGCACUUCAGUAGCUCUGUAUUAAUAUUAAUGCAUGCAAGGUUAUUCUAAACACAAAGACAGUGCGUAGCAUCCUGUUAGCACCAAUGCUAACUCUCUACCCUCUCAUGCUAAAUUGAUGACUUGGGGAAAUAGAAGAUAGAGCACUCUAGAGUUACUUAUUUCCAUUGUAAGAAACAAUAGGAGUCAGGUAUGAAUUUAAACUAAGCCUCAUAUCACUUUAUGUAUCAGUUCAAAAUCAGCAGAGAGAAAUCUCUGUAAGUAGUUCUUAAAUGUGAAGUGUGUUAUGUUGAAAUGCUUUAUUGCAUUAAAGGGUUAGUUCACCCAAAAUUUAAAAACUUGUCAUCAAUUACUCACUCUUAUGUCGUUCCAAACCCACAAGACUUUUGUUCGUCGUCGAAAAAGAAAUUGAGAUAUUUUAAAUGGAAUCUGAGAGAUUUCUGUCCCUCCUUUGAGUCCAUGAAACUACAACUUUGACGCUUCAAAAGUUCAUAAAGAGAUCGUAAAACUUGAAACAACAUGAGGGUGAGUAAUUCAUGAUUUUUUUUUUAAUUUUUGGUUGAACUAACCGUUUAAGCCAUUCAUAUAUUGACUCUUUGAACAAUGUAGCAUGAAGAGUUUUGUUGCUCUUUCAAAGCAUUGUUUCGUAAUAGUUUUUGCAGUCAAACAUGUCUGGCUCAACUUUGAACAGUAGUGGAUAUUGCCACAAGAGGUGGCCUCAGAAUGUUUGUGAAACCCGAUGUGUUCAUCAAAUAUUGCUAUUCUGUUUGGUGCCACAAGGGGCGCCGGAAUGACACAUUUCACCUUUAAGAAUCAUAAGCCAUGUAGUAAUGCAUUAGAUGUUCUUGUGCUCAAAGCACUAAAAUCAGUCCUAGAUGUUUCAGAACUUUGAUGUCUUAUUGAGUGUUUGCAUUGUAUAAAGGUAAAAAUAGUUGCCACAAUCAAAGGUCUGUCAAAUCCUAAGAGCAUGCUGUUUCAGAGGUUUUCACGUUCGUUGUGACUGAUCUGUCUACCUUCAAACACCUCUUGUGUCAGUGUGUGAGAGUGUGUAUGUGUGUAGGUUUGUAUUUGGGUGUGUGAUUGUUUGUGAAUGUGUUUAUAUGCUGUAAGGUACCAAGUUCUUCCUGCUAACAGGUUUGGGAACUAAAAUAAAGGGACUUAAAAAGAUUGCUGUAAAUUCAAAUGAAGUGUGCAAGUGUGUGUGUGAAUAUUUGAGAGACAUUAUGUUUGUGAUUGUAUCACUGCAUGUGUCCCUGGUUGUUGACAUUUGAUCCUUUUAGACAGAAAUUCUAUCAAAGAAUAUAAAUAGAUGAACUUUAAUCCAGAGGCCUUCUCCAGCAGAGCAUAUUGAGAUUGAGAUGUAUGUCGUAUUGCAGAGUAAUAUCAAUAAAUUUAAUUCAUAUCUGAA